GUAUCAGUCCCCCUCUUCAAUUGCGGGGUGGCGUCGCGCCAAAGCCACAUCUACAGGAGCAUCCAAUUCCUUAUCAGGAUGGAGGCUGUGGAAUUUCACCUAGGCAAAGAGCAGCCUUGGACAGCAUACUAUUUGCCGAACGUCUCUGUAUGUGUGUAUGUGUGAACCUGCGAGCCGGAGGACAGUGUAAAAAUGCCGACCAACUAGAAUGACGAGGCAUCGACUAUGGCACCGUGGCAACAAGGUGAUGAUAUGAAGAGCACCUGUCGCCAGCUCAUCGUUUUCUUUUUCUUUAGCCGUAUCGGCGCUUGACAGUUGGGCGUAAAGACCCAGGUGUCUCACUGCGUUUCGCUGCUUAAACGUAAAAGCCAGGAGAGCCUCCAAAGCGGCGGCCGGCUUCCCGUCUUCACAGCGCUGAUCGUUAAAGGAUAAAGAACUCAGAGGUGGAAUGGUCGUCCUGUUCGCCAGCCGCUCUUCAGUGUGCAGCUUCAGAGCCCUGGUCCUAUCAGCACCUUCAUAUUCGUCAUCUCCCUCCUUCUGCUGAGGUUCAUGCUGGCAUCGUGCCUAGAAGGUCCCCACCAUGUUCAUCUGCACCUCCACUUCUCUCCAUCAAAUGUCCUGCAAGAAGAUGUUCUUUCUGCUUCUGGCAGUGAGCAGCUUGAGCCUCUUUCUACACAGCAGAGGCCAUUUCAUCUGGAUUAUAAAAUCGUCCAAAAUGGCCAGUAACAUUACAUGUAGCCUGUCCUCUGCUGCCGCAAAGACGAAGCACAUGAGCAUCGCCUUCCUGAAGACGCACAAGACGGCCAGCAGCACCAUGCAGAACAUCCUGUUCCGCUUUGCCGAGCACCACAACCUCACCGUCGCCCUUCCACAGAGCCCAUGUGAUCACCAGUUCUGCUACCCAUCCUCCUUUAGCUCCAGAUUCGUCCACCCCUACACACUGCCUGCCCGCAUCAUCACCAGUCACAUGCGCUUCAACCACAAUGAGGUACAGCGCAUCAUGCCUAAUGACACCAUCUACGUUACCAUCCUGCGAGAGCCGGCCUCCAUGUUUGAGUCGCUGUUCAGCUACUACAACCAGUACUGCCCAAGCUUCAAGCGCGUCCCAGACGGCUCCCUGGAGACCUUCCUCAAGGACCCCUGGCGUUACUUCCGUCCCACCGAGAAGGACUCCAUGUAUGCCCACAACACGCUGACCUAUGACCUGGGCGGGGAUAACAACCACCGAGCCAGUGACAAGGCUUACGUGAAGGGCUUCAUCGCCAAGAUUGAGAGCAUCUUCUCCUUGGUCAUGAUCUCCGAGUACUUCGAUGAGUCGCUGGUGCUGCUGCGACACCUGCUCUCCUGGGAGCUGGAGGAUGUGCUCUACAUCAAACAGAACAUGCGCACCCCCGGCUCCCGGAGGUCCCUGCAAGAGGGGCUUCCGGCCAGGAUCCGCGUCUGGAAUGCUCUCGAUGCCAAGCUCUACAACCACUUCAACGCCAGCCUGUGGCGCCAGCUGGAUGCCCUGGGGCUGGACUGCGUGGCCCAGGAGGUGCAGCUGCUGCGACAGGCCCGUGACCGCCUCGUGCGCGGCUGUUUUGGGGGCCCGCAGCCCCAGCUGCGCCCAGCAAACCAGAUCAAGGACAAGGUGCUGCGUCCGUGGCAGCCCAGCUCCAAGGUGGCUAUCAUGGGUUACGAACUGCCCCUCAAUGCCUCCUACAUGGGCGCCAAGCCGGGCAGCGAGUCACGUGACCACUGCCUGAAGCUCAUACUGCCAGAGGUGCAGUACUCGCAGCGCCUGCUGCAGAUGCAGUCACUGCGGUACCGCAGGCGUGUUCCUUUCAUUCUGCGCCGCAGACCAGGCAGGGCUCCCUAGCCUCGCCCAUUUCUGUGGUCUUUGUGGACCCUCCCCCCGCCCGCCCCGAAUCCUUCACCCCGCCGACUCUGGAAACCUGAGCUGGACAGACAGAAAAGCAGUCACCGUCCCCAAGAGCCCGCCUGUAGGGCCAGGAAUGUAGGUCUUUCUCGUCUCUGUUGCACAGAGACUUGCACACGUCGUACUCAGGCAGCUCCCACCCUCACCCCCCCCCCCACCCCGUAGCUGUCCAUGAGGGACCCCCAGACUCGCUAACAUCAUAGCCUCCCCGUUGUCAUCGAUUUUUUUUUUGGCUGUUCCUCCGAAACUUAAUUGAAAAUUAAUUGGAUAUUUAUUCUCCUGCUCGAGAAGUAAACUCGUGUGAGAUGUUCUACCAGGUGUUUACGUUUGAAACAAAGUUUCUGGUUUAUUGCAAUUGCCUGUAAUGUCAUGCCGUUUGCUAAUUGUUUAACUGACACUGUAUUGCAUUAAUGCCUUUCUGUUUGGUGCAGAUCAUUCUUGAUGAGACAUGGAUGCAUUUUUACUGAUGAAUGAUUCCGUGGCUGAAUAUUUUGUGUAAUAUUAACACGCCAAGGUGCCGGGAAGCAGGAUAGACCUGCUCGAUAUGUGAUGUCGAGCUGGAGGUAGCCUGCAGCUGCCUCUUAUUUAUUUAUAAUUACGCUUAUGUCCUCAUAUUCUGAGCAGGCUCCUUCAGAAACGCCCUGGAACCGCAUACGCGGUACAACCUGUUUGUCUGACAUGUGGGAACUGAUGCAGAACAGAGGCACUGCCGUGCACAGAUUUACAGAGAACCCGUCACGGUGGGAGCCAGUCUGCAGGAUGCCCGAGGUCAGCGUUCACGUUCUGGAGGAGCCUGGGCUGGCGCCAUGGGGCUUCUGCACUGGUAUAACUGCGUUUUGGGCUUUUUUUUUUGUUAGAUACACUGGAAUUUGUGUUUUGUUGAAUGCUGAAGAAGACCAGAGAUGAAGGUGGGAAGGAGGAAUCCAGAGUUUUUUGUUCAGGAGUUCUCUCUGUCUCCUGGGGGGAGUCAUGGGUGCUCUGGAGACCAGGACUUAAGCUGAACUGAAACUGUCCCCAUUUAAUCUGUAUGCUGACCACUGGAGGACCUGCACUGCCUUUAACUGCAGUGAUUACUUGUUGGCACCUGAUUCUUCUUUGUGCCUCAUGUUUGACCUUGACUCUCACACGAUUCUGGUGUGAAAUCAACUGGGAAAUGAAAAAAGGUGAUUUGUUACUGAUAAUAAAAAUGGACUGAUGUGCUGAA